GCAGCAGCAUUUUCCUUGCUUUCGUUUGGUAUCUACUUGAGGAUUGCGAACUCCCAUGACGAUUUCUGUGAGCCAAAAAGCGGUGCGGUCCCCUGUUACGUUGACCGUAUCACUGAUCGCUCUCUUAAUGAGCUUCCUUCCAACUGCACGUCGUUCUUGGGAGACUUGAUUAUAGAAGACUUGACAGCUCUUCCAUCACAAAUCACAAAGCUUUCCAACUUGUCGCACAUAAAGGGUGCUCUCAUUAUAAGAAAUACAGAUUUCAACAUGGCAAAUUUCUCCUUUUUGAACAGUGUUCGCUGCGUAGAAAAUCGUCACGGUCCAGCGAUUAUACUAGAAGAAAAUGCAAAUUUGAGUACGCUGGGUCUGAAAAAGGUGGAGUUUAUUGCUGCU